CUCCUCCCAUGCGCAUCCACCGCGCGCUCUAAUGACCAGGAAACAGGUUUGUCACUUAUGUCUCUUUUAUCUCUCUCUCGGACAGUACAGUAAUGAACUUAAAACAGCUCGUUUUCGGCGUGUGGUUACUGGGUUUGGUUGAAGAUGUUGCGGUCCACGGGAAGCGCAAUGCGAAAACGGUGACUUUCUCCCGGACUCCGCGCGGAUACUGGAGACGCAAACGGGACACCUGGACGUCGGGACAAGCGCUUUUCACAGUGUGCAAGUCACCCCUGUCUCCAAAAAACCACGAGCUUCUGCUCGACCAUACACACGAGACUGGUUUUCAUGGCGAUGACGGAUCCAGUUUUACGCUCGCAUGGGUUGGCGAUGGAACUGGGAUUAUUCUGGUACUUUCCACUGUCAGUGUACCGUCAGACUUGUUUUAUGAAGGCGGUUCCACGCGCCUUUACAGAAGUGAAGACUUCGGAAAGUCUUUCCAUGACAACUCCCAUGCCAUCAACAACACUUUUAUAAAGAAGGACUUUGGGAUUUGCGCCGGACCUGGCAACCCUCAGCAGGUGAUUCUUACGGCCAACGUACCGUUUACACAGACCCCAGGAGGUGUCAUUUUUACCUCGAUGGAUGCAGGCAGGAAAUUUAGAUCAGUGCAACUUCCAUUUCACCCAGCACAGGCGAUACAGUUCCAUUACCAGGACCCAAAAUAUCUUGUGGCCAUCAGCAUUGAUGAUGGGCUAUGGCUCUCACAAGACUUUGGGAACACUUGGUCUGAAGUUCACGAAGGAGUUCAAACUUUCACAUGGGGUUCUGGAAUCACUCUUUUUUUCAGUUCAAGCCCAAAAGGAGCAGUGGAGGCAGCAAGACGAGGUGAGCUUAUUCUAAGACGGACACAGGAUUUUGGCCAAACAUUCACCACCAUCGCCAAGAACAUCUUUUCCUUCGGCUACAUCGGCGGCUUCCUUUUUACCUCCGUCAUGGAAAAACUGGGUUCUCCUCGAGUUAUCUAUGUGUCGUCAGACCAGGGUGACCAUUUUAAUAAAGCUCAGCUCCCAUCAGCCACUACAGAACAAUUCUACUCGGUUCUGGAUGGAGACGAGGACAUGAUCUUCAUGCAUGUGGACAACCCAGGAGACACAUAUUUUGGGACAAUCUACACCUCGGACGAUCGUGGAAUCCUGUAUUCCAAGUCUCUGGAGCGCCACCUGUUCGGUGGGGAGGCAAAGAGCGAUUUCACUAACGUGACCUCGCUAAGAGGGGUCUAUUUUACCAACAUACUGGAUGAAGAUGGACUCAUUCGCUCAGUCAUUUCGUUUGACAGAGGUGGACAGUGGAGAUUUCUGAAGAAGCCAGAGAAUGUGGAAUGCCCAGAAAACACAAAGAAGCAAUAUAUGAAGCAGUGUAACCUUCAUAUCCAUGGAGAGCACAGUCCCAUCAGUGGAAUCACUCCCAUGCUGCCUCUCUCUGAACCCACCGCCACUGGUCUGAUCAUUGCUCAUGGUAGUGUCGGAGACUCAAUAUCAGCUUACCAGCCGGAUGUGUAUGUGUCAGGAGAUGGAGGAUACACCUGGUGGGGGACUUUGAGAGGACCACAUCUCUACAGCAUCCUGGAUUCUGGAGGUUUAAUAGUGGCCUUGGAGGCACACCGAGAGAGACAAAUCAACUCUUUAAAAUUUUCCACAGAUGAAGGCCAGUGCUGGAACAUAUUUAAUUUCACAGAUCACCCAAUCUUCCUGGCAGGCCUGGCAUCUGAGCCGGGCACUAAGACCAUGAACAUCAGCAUUUUUGGUUACCGACCAGAUGAUGAUGAUCAGCCCAUGUGGGUGGCAGUCACCGUCGACUUUGAGCAUCUGCUAACCAGAGAGUGUGAUGAAAAGGAUUAUGUGAUGUGGUUGGCUCACUCUGAAUACGGAAACGACUCAGAAACAGACGGAUGCGUCCUGGGCUACAAGGAGACGUUUCGAAGACUCAGAAAACUAUCUGCCUGUCGAAAUGGAAGAGGCUAUGUGGUCAGCAAGCAGCAGAGCCCAUGUCCCUGUACUAAAGAAGACUACAUGUGUGACUAUGGUUUCUAUCGGCACAAAGACACUUUAGAUUGUCUGCCACAGCCUGGCCUCCUGAAUCAGACUCAGGAGAUUUGCUUAAAUGGGAAUAUAGAUGAUAUUCAAACGAUAGGGUAUCGUAAGAUUCCCGGAGAUAAAUGUGAGGGUGGUUUCAAUCCUCCGAGAAAAGAAGACAUUACCAAAAAGCAUUGUGACAAACUCAGUUCAACAUCCUCAUCGAGUUUACCAAAGGGCAUGCAGGCUGUGAUUGUGGUGUGUACUUGUGUAGCACUCAUAGGUUUGGUGAUAGCUGCAGCAUUAAUCAUAAUGUCAAGGAAAAAAAACUGCAGGCGUAGGUCCCCUACUUAUCGCUUCACUGUUUUGCAACUUCAAGAAGAGGAAAUGUGUGUUAACAGUGAGAGCGGCCCCAGCAGUAAACAGAACAGUUUAGAAGGUCCGGAUGAUUCAGAUGAUGAUCUCAUCGAAUGAACAUCUUUAAACUCAGCAAACCAACAUCUGUACUCAAGCCCAUAACUGGAAAAGAAAAAAAUAAGUACAACCAAAAGUGACUGUGAUCUGUCUGUGAAACAAUGCAUUGCUCAGGCGAAACAAUUUAUUGUUUCCUUCUAUGAAAUGUUAUAUGCAGUUAUUCUACAAUAAUUUAUUGUCACACAUGAAUUUACUUUCAACCUCUUUGUAUUUUGCACUGGAAUCAUUCCUUAAAGCUGCUUCUGGUAAUCCUCCCUGAGCUCUGGCAUAGUUUGACUAUGUGAUUUCAAGAAAGACUAAUCUACUGUUUUUGAAUUGUAAAUAAAUCACAAUGCAAUCUUUGAAA